CAAAAAUAUGGAAUCGAAAUAAAGUAUAUUACAGGAGAUGUUCAGUUGUUUUAAUCAUAAAAUGGAUUUCUAUUUGACAACUAGUGCCAGUACUUUUCCGCGUAUCAAGAUCACCUGGUUUAACUACAAAAUAGUGAUUAAACAAGUGAUUAAGAGUUUUAUACAACCGGCCACUGUUGUUUCACAAAUGUAGAAUUCACAAAAACGUGAAUUAUGCAUGAACUCGCAUAGUAUCUCUGUAUCAAAAAUGUUUCAAAACACACGUGUUUUCAAAACCGGAAGUGCGGUAAAAACUUGAUUUUGGGGGUUUCGUGAUUGGUCUAUACAAUCGGGUUUAAAAAUUCUUUAUGUGCAUGGAUCCUAAUAAGCAGUGGCGAAACUACGGGUUAUGCAACGGGUUUUGUUAUUAUUUGCAUCAUUCAAACCAUUAGAAGAUUAUUGUAUAGAAUGACCAGUUGCCAUGGCUAACUUCGCCAUUGCUAACAAGCCUCGUUUUGAUUACUGGAAUUGAAUGGUAUUUUCAGCAUUUUGAAAUGACCCUCGUGGUAACAAACAACUCAAUAACGUUACCAGGAAUAAAAAUGUAAUCGCGUCUGUUCGUGCAAGCAUUGUGUCGUUCGCACGUGUUGCGGGUGGUGAAGUGACGGGUAGACAUUAGUUGGCUUGUAUAACAUUGCUUUAAUUAGAUCAAGAUAUGUUUGAUAAAUAAAUACAAAGCCGCUUUAUAAUAUAACCACUAUUUGAAAUACGGUGAAAUAAAACUUUUAAAGGCAAAACGGGCACCGUUAAAGUAUGGAAAAGUUAGAAUCAAGCUCGCCUCGGAGGAGAAAAGGAAGAAGGGUUCCAUUUUCGUUCGGAUUCAGCUUGGGCUGCUUGUUCGUAUUCGUUCUAUUCAUAACCGCCCUUGCGAAAUUCGCUUUGGAUAGCUAUGAAAAUGAUUUGGUGUUGAAAAAGAAGAAGCGAUUUAUGAUGGGAAAGUAAGUUUAUGUUAGCAAAAAGUUGGAGUAAAUAAUUAUCAAGUUCAUUAUUAUAUAUAAAGCCCCGUUCAAUCGAGAGCUAAUCAUGAGAGUUGACGCAGUCACGCAUUGUUACAAUGGGACAUUUCAAGCUCUAGAUUAACAAAAUAAAGGUUCGAUGAGUGUUCCAACUGUGCUUUCAGUAACUUAAAUAGAAUACAUGAUAGUGUUGGAAAAACAUUAAGAACAGCCAACUAAGAUCGAGUGACUGCCUAUAUACUCUCUCAUCCUCGUUCAAGGCAUAUUAUAUAUAAAGCCGCACAACCAGAGGACUGAUAUUAGAAUUGACGCGAAUUGCAACUCCUGGCCGCUGGUUGAAUGAAAAUGUAUCGGUUAUAAACUUUACUGCAGUUAGUGUGAAAGUUGACCAAUCAAAUUGGUAAGUCGUGUAUUCGGAGUUAACUACUAUUUAGAAGAAAAAAUAAAGAAAAAAAAUAUUAAAAAUUUAGAUUACGUUCACACACGCUGGAACAAAAUAAUGACGCCAGGUUUUACGUCUUAUGUUCACACUAAGCCGUCAGAGUUUCCGCGAUACGUGGUUUCGCAAAGUGAGCUCAAAUAGUUCAAAACAUUUUGUAAAAUAAUAAAAAAACAAGAGCAAGAUACCGCUGUUCACACGAAGUGGCCAAGCGCUCCGUUAGUUUCAUCUCGCUCCGUUUACAAACCGUGCUCAAAUUGUUACGGCAAAAGUAAUGUUUUCAAACAAUUUCGCUCCGGCGUAGUGUGACUACAUCUUAACUACAAAAUAGUGGUUAAGAAUAGAUCAGAUUUUUAUACAACCGGUCCCUGGCGUUUUGAUCUGGUUUGCUGUCAAUAUAUGCUAUGAUUGAGCCACUAAACUCUGUAUAGCUCAGUUGGUUAGAGCGCUGCACCGGAAUCGCAAGGCCGCGCAUCAAUGUACAUAUAAAAAGCACCAUAGUGAUUUGUAAAUUUCGUUCCAGAAACCCGUUUAUGUCAUCAUAUAUUAGUGUUACUGCAUGUGCUGUCAGAGUACUGUGAUUUCUGCUAUACAGGGUCAACCUCGUUCCCAGGGCUCUCGUCUCUCCCCUCGUCCUCAUACGAAAGCCCUGGGAACGAGGUUGAUACAGGGUGUAUAAAAAAAAACUGAACAGAUUUGAAAUUGCUCUCAAUUUCGCAAAACAGCUAUUAGUAUCCAGUGUUUGAUAUAUAUAUAUAGUUUCUUUGGGUACUUAUAAUGUAGAAUAAACUCAAAAUACGAUUAAAGCUUUUAAAUUUCGUGCGCAAGCCAUUUUUAGUUUGUUGGAAAAAACACCCCCCCUGGUUUACAAAAUUUGAGUUCGAGAUUUUUUUUUCAUUAUUCUACAUUAUAAGUACCCAAAGAAUAUAUAUAUAUAUAUAUAUAUAUAUAUAUAUAUAUAUAUAUAUAUAUAUAUAUAUAUAUAUAUAUAUAUAUAUAUAUAUAUAUAUAUAUAUAUAUAUAUAUAUAUAUAUAUAUAUAUAUAUAUAUAUAUAUAUCGAUAGAAAUAGCUGUUUUGCGAAAUUGAGAGCAAUUUCAAAUCUGUUCAGUUUUUUUUAUACAUUAUGUAUUGUGAUUUCUGUUAUAUGAUGUGAAAAAUUAUAGUCAGUCAAAAUAGCCACAUUUUAUUAUUAGUUAUAAUGAUAGUAUAAGUCACACGACCAUAACAGCUAUGCUGUAGUAUUAUCGUUUUUAAAUAAAUUAUUUUCGUUUUUCAUAUUUUCAGCAUGGCAUCGGCGUCGUCAGCCACGCGUCACGAAUACGAUCACGCCGCAGUCGCUACAGACCACGCAGAAUGCUCGAAGAUUGGUCGAAAUAUUUUGCAUCACGGUGGCUCUGCUGUCGACUCUGCUAUAGCCUCGAUGUUGUGUCUGGGUGUGGUCCACCCCCACUCCACUGGGAUAGGAGGGGGAGGGUUCAUGCUCGUCUAUCAUAGAUUCACGAAAUUCUCAGAAAUGAUUGAUUUCAGAGAAAACGCUCCGUUACUGGCAACCAAGGAUAUGUUUCAUGGUGAUCUGACCAAAGCGAUUAUGGGUAAGUUCCAUGUUGUUUUUGUUAAACACUGUAUAGAUAUGAGCCAAAAAUUUAGUUUAGUUUAAUUUACUUUAUAAUCCCCUUGUUAAACGAGAAUGAGAGUUAAGAAGCGAGAGUUUGCCAAAAAAAGCCAGAAAGGUAGUCAAAUUUAACGAGAUGCAGUUAGUGCGAAAGUUAAACAAUCAAAAUCGAGUAUUUUAGAGUUACAUGCAGUAACUACUUUUAACAACAAAAUUACUAGUAGUUAAGAGUUUUAUUAGCGGCCCCUGGCCAAACGAGGAUGAGAGUUUUCUCAACUCUCAUGCCCCAGUCAAACGAGAACAAGAGUUGCAUGAGAGUUGAGAAGCGAGAGUUUGCAUGAGAGUUUUCUAAACUCUCGUGCCCCGGUCAAACGAGAACAACAGUUGCGUGAGAGUUGAUGAGAGUUGAAAAGCGAGAGUUUGCAUGAGAGUUUCAUCAACUCUCAUGCCCCGGUCAAACGAGAACAAGAGUUGCAUGAGAAUUGAGAAGGGAGAGUUUGCAUGAGAGUUUUCUCAACUCUCAUGCCCCAGUCAAACGAGAACAAGAGUUGCAUGAGAAUUGAGAAGCGAGAGUUUGCUUGAGAGUUUUUUUCAACUCUCAUACCCCGGUCAAACGAGAACAAGAGUUGCACGAGAGUUGAGAAGCAAGAGUUUGCAUGAGAGUUUUCUCAACUCUCAUGCCCCGAUCAAACGAGAACAAGAGUUGCAUGAGAAUUGAGAAGCGAGAGUUUGCUUGAGAGUUUUUUCAACUCUCAUGCCCCGGUCAAACGAGAACAAGAGUUGCACGAGAGUUGAGAAGCAAGAGUUUGCAUGAGAGUUUUCUCAACUCUCAUGCCCCGGUCAAACGAGAACAACAGUUGCAUGAGAGUUGAGAAGCGAGAGUUUGCAUGAGAGUUUUCUCAACACUCGUGCCUCGGUCAAACGAUAACAAGAGUUGCAUGAGAGUUGAGAAGUGAGAGUUUGCUUGAGAGUUUUCUCAACUGUCAUGCCCCGGUCAAACGAGAACAAGAGUUGCAUGAGAGUUGAGAAGCGAGAGUUUGCAUAAGAGUUGAGAAGCGAGAGUUUGCAUUAGAGUUUUCUCAACUCUCAUGCCCCGGUCAAACGAGAACAAGAGUUGCAUGAGAGUUGAGAAGCGAGAGUUUGAACAUGAGAGUUUUCUCAACUCUCAUGCCCCGGUCAAACGAGAACAAGAGUUGCAUGAGAGUUGAGAAGCGAGAGUUUGAACAUGAGAGUUUUCUCAACUCUCAUGCCCCGGUCAAACGAGAACAAGAGUUGCAUGAGAGUUGAGAAGCGAGAGUUUGAACAUGAGAGUUUUCUCAACUCUCAUGCCCCGGUCAAACGAGAACAAGAGUUGCAUGAGAGUUGAGAAGCGAGAGUUUGAACAUGAGAGUUUUCUCAACUCUCAUGCCCCGGUCAAACGAGAACAAGAGUUGCAUGAGAGUUGAGAAGCGAGAGUUUGAACAUGAGAGUUUUCUCAACUCUCAUGCCCCGGUCAAACGAGAACAAGAGUUGCAUGAGAGUUGAGAAGCGAGAGUUUGAACAUGAGAGUUUUCUCAACUCUCAUGCCCCGGUCAAACGAGAACAAGAGUUGCAUGAGAGUUGAGAAGCGAGAGUUUGAACAUGAGAGUUUUCUCAACUCUCAUGCCCCGGUCAAACGAGAACAAGAGUUGCAUGAGAGUUGAGAAGCGAGAGUUUGAACAUGAGAGUUUUCUCAACUCUCAUGCCCCGGUCAAACGAGAACAAGAGUUGCAUGAGAGUUGAGAAGCGAGAGUUUGAACAUGAGAGUUUUCUCAACUCUCAUGCCCCGGUCAAACGAGAACAAGAGUUGCAUGAGAGUUGAGAAGCGAGAGUUUGAACAUGAGAGUUUUCUCAACUCUCAUGCCCCGGUCAGACGAGAACAAGAGUUGCAUGAGAGUUGAUAAGAGUUGACUGGAUAUUACCGCGCACGUAGCGAAAUCUCUUAUCAAUUUUCAUUAAAAUUUGAACCAGUUCAAAACUGAUGAGAGUCGACAAAAGUCUCUCAUCACAAGUGAAAUGGCACACUUUACCAAAAGUUUGUACACUCCCUUUAUCAGGUGGUCUCGCCGUUGGUGUACCGGGAGAAUUGAAGGGUAUGCAAGCCGCGUGGGAGAAGUAUGGUAAAGUACCUUGGAAGAAAUUGUUUGAACCCGCCAUCAGUUUAGCUGAGAAAGGUGUCAAUGUGUCCAAAUCUCUUGCAAUCGCGCUUAAAGUUUGGGAAUUUCAUGUGCUGAAGGACAAAAGUUUGAAGUAAGGCAGAGGAAUCUAUUUCCAUCUUUGUUUGAAGCUGUUUUCGUUUUCAAAGAGACGUUCUAUAGGUAUAUUUAUUCACUUGCAUGGGCCGAGGUACUUCACCAGGUACCCAGUAUUAUCAUGUGACCAAAAUAAAGCAAUAUGGUUGGCUAAUUUACUCGUGAAUUAUUAAUGAGUUUGAGAUUAAUUUAUCCCGUUGUAAAUCUUUCAGAGAGGUGUUCACAUACAAUGGCCGUGUUCUCGAAGCUGGCGAAACAAUGAAGAGGCCAACUUAUGCUCGAACGUUGAGAAUCAUUUCGAAUGCAGGGAAUGCCGACCCAGUCUACGGAGGCGUGCUCGGCCAGCAGAUGGUCAAGGAUAUUAACACGCACGGAGGGCAAUUCAUGAUCGAUGACUUUAAGAACUAUAAAGUACGAUUUCGAGACACGAUUUCAGAAUCUUUCGGAAAGGGAAAGUUGUUGACCACACCUCCUCCUACGAGUGGGCCUGUGCUGUCACUGGUGUUGAAUAUUCUAAAAGGUAGCCAGGCAUUUCAGAAUUAUUCUGAGUAUAGGUGGCUGUGUUAAUAAAGUAGGCGGCUGUGUGGGGCAGUCUAGGGAGUCUUAAAGUCAUCCAAAUUGACAUAAGUGUAUAUUGAUUAGAUAACAACACAACUAAGCUCUGUAACCAAAUUAUAAUGUAUCACUACUUUCGUUCUUCAACAAGAUGACUUUAAUGGUAGAUAACUAAAAUCAGUUUUACGAAAUAGUACGUCGCGUUUUCGAAAAUAACCAGGCUAUAAAGUAGAGCUGGUUGAGGAAAAAUAACUUUGUUUGAAAGCUUAGAGUGGAGGAAGGAGACUAGCAGAAUGGGCAACUUGCAUGUUAGACUAAAUUUUAAUCUAAGUAAAGAGAAGGGAAUCAAACACAACAGUUAAAAAGAACACAAUGAAAUUAGUAAAAUUGGAAAAUUUGGUUGCGAAAUGUUGUAAAAUACAGAAAAUAUAGCCUUGCGAAGUUUGCAUAUUUUCAGUAUAUUUGUAUUACGUGCGGAAAUUGUUACCAUUUUCGGCUCAAAAAUGGUAACAAUUUCCGCACGUAAUACAAACAUACUGAAAAUAUGCAAACUUCGCAAGGUUAUAUUUUCGGUAUUUUACAACAUUUCGUAACCAAAUUUUGCAAUUUUACUGAUUUUAAUAAGUUCUUUACGGGAAUUUACUUUUUUUUGCCUUUAUCAAAAAUUAGUCUAACAUGCAAGUUGUCUAUUGAUAUUUCAAGUACUAAACAAAGUAACCGGCGAAUUUGUGGAAGUUGACCACCAUCUUUUGACUGGCGAAGUUGACUACCAUCUUUUGCUCAUUGUAGGUUAUCAUUUCACGAAUCGUGACUUUGAAGAUAACACUGCAUUAACAUUCCAUAGAAUCAUCGAAGCAUUUCAAAUGGGUUAUGCACAUCGUUACAAACUGGGCGACCCAGAUUAUGAGAAAUCUGUCAAAGAAGUAAGUUGAAUGUACUUUAUAAGAAACAUGAUCAAAACACAUCUACAUGUAUCUUUUUCAACUAUCGUAGGUCGCGAAACAGAUGCUCGAUCAGAAAUUCGCGGAUAAAUUGCGCACCAAAAUAUCCGACAAAAAGACGCAAUCUCCAAUGUAUUAUGACGGCGCAGGCUAUGAUGUCCCAGUGAAGAAUGGAACGACACAUCUUGUGGUGGUUGCCGAGAAUGGUGACACCGUCUCUGUCACUAGUACUGUGAAUGGUUUGUAAGUAUUGUUUAUUAUAUCUAUGCUCUGCAUAGCCUAUGAUUACUGGCAAUGACACUUUGCGAAAUAUUGGGGGAUCUUAAUUCUUUAACCUUUGUUGCCUUAAAUUUCAUGCAAUAUAUAGCUUUAUUUAUAGCCUACCGAUGCUGAUCUCUUUUCAAAAAGGAAAGGCUUUUUGAAAUCACCUCCUCCCACCCCUCCGCCCACCCCUCCGCCCUCGCCCCCUCCCCGUCUCCCCGUAGUGUCCGCCACUAUACAACACGUAUGACAAAAGAUAAGAUUUUUAAAGUUUUUUUCUUCCUUACACCAAAAUGCCAAAUGCAUGCCAAAAACAUUUACGUUAUAGUAUCGUUUUGUUUUGUAGUCUUGGGGCAAAGUUUCGUUCUCCAAUCCUUGGCCUUAUCUACAACAAUGAAAUGGAUGACUUCAGUUCCCCAGGAAUGGUGAAUGAGUUUGGUUUAAAACCUGCGCCCGUGAACUUCAUUCAACCUGGCAAGCGGCCGCAAUCCUCUAGUGCUCCAGUCAUCAUCAUUGAUGAGAAAGGUGACGUUGAUGUCGUACUGGGGGCUUCUGGGGGAACUGUUAUCACGACUGCGGUUGCACAGGUACGCGGUUUCACGUUUUGCUAAAACGAUCAGGACUUCCAGGUAUAUACUUCGUGUGUCCCCUAUUAUGGUGUAUCAAGGCUAAUCCCUGACCCCAACCCCGCUUCUAACCCCUCCCAUAACUUCCCUCCCCCGCCUGACAUGGACAUUACUAACCUCCCCUCCCCCACCUGAUAUGGACAUUAUUUAUAUAGAGUAAAAUGAGCUCCAAUUAUUACGGUGCAAACCUACCGGCUUCCAAAACAAGCCGUCGGUCGUCGUCUGGUGAAAGUUGUUAUCACCUUGUUACAAGCUUUUUGACGGUAACGGGCUUGCUGUAAGUUGUUCCAACAAGACUAAUGCAUGCUGUUCGUAACAAGUUUUCUGUCAACUUGUUAACAACUUGUUAUGUGCAGACAAUAUCAGCCGGACUUGUUGGAACAACUUGUUGCGAGUCUGUUUGCGUCAUCAACCUUGUAACAAGAUGAUAACAACUUAUUCCAGACUUGUCAAAACAACUGCAAACAAACAGUACGAGCACAUCUUGUCGACGAACGAAUAUCGUAACAGAAGUCGUCAUAUGAUUAUGAAUUUAUCUAUUAUAUGUUAUUUAUUUACUAUUGUUUUCAUUUAUUACCUAUAUUUAGACUUUGGUGAAUUAUCUUUGGUUCAAGAAGGACAUUCAUGACGCUAUAUCAAUGCCAAGAUUACAUCAUCAGCUGUAUCCUGAAUUUCUCUUCGCUGAAACACAGUUCCCGAUUACAAUAUUGCACGAACUGGAGAAUUAUGGACAUAAGGUGCGUUUGGACCUUGUAGUGAGGAUCUUACUAGAAAUUUUGUGGGUGCAAAUUUAAGGUUGCCAGCAUUUUUUUUGUUUACUCGGAAGUGAUAAAAAAAUGCUUACAUAAGUUUAAGAAUGCUUCGGAUUGAUAGGGAACAAUGCAACCAUGCAGGGCCGCCGAGAGCUUGGUGGGGGCCCGGGGCAAAAUUUUUUUUAAGGGCCCCUAUUUCAAAAAUUUUUCCGGAACAAUUUUUUUUCGGACAACCCCCGACUUUACCUCAAUUUUUCAUACCAUGCCAAAUUUCGUUACUUUGCCCAAAAACCGAAUAUCUGCCCUUUGCCCCCCUCUCGGCGGCCCUGAAUGCACCUAUCGUCUGUACUGCUGUUCUAAAUAAACAUGAACAUAUCUCUAAAAUAUUUCUGAAAUAUAGUAUUGUUUUCCUAUCCUAGAUCAAUAUAACAGACAAAAGUCAUGGUGUGGUCCAGGGGAUAUCCAGGAUACAUAAGGUGAAGAGUGGGGGUAAGAGGGAACAUAUGGACGAUAAAGCUAAAUUUAUGGCCGAAUCAGACUUUAGGAAAGGCGGUAGCCCUUCUGGGUAUUAAAAGGCACUACAUGCCUUUUAGGACCGCACUUGCUGAUAAACCUGAUCUGGGAACACGUAUUUUUAUGCCCGUUACCACGUGCGCAAUUCUUCACAAAUAUAAUUUCAAUGCUUGGUUACCUUUGUUCUAUUCUGAGGGUCUCCCAGGGGUGUUUGUGUUCCCCAGAAAGUUAUAAUUGCAAAAUAAUCCUGGUUCCCUAAUAAACUCCUGGGAGACCCUCGAUUCUCACUGGCCUUACAUUAUCAAAACAGUCAUGGUAACUAGGCAUGUCAAUAAUUGUCUGAAAAUGUUGAUUGGUGGCAACAAGCAUUAUUGAUUAAUAAAUUAAUUAAUGUUUAAAAACCUCCAAAAGAAAAACAACCUAAGGUAAACAUACUGACAAAACUCAAGGGCCAUGUACAAUGCAAUAUUCAAUCAAUCAAUUGUGACAGCGCGAGAAUUGACCAUCCGGUAUACAGUAAAUAUUCUUAAUCUAUCUUAGUAAAAAACUGCUAAACGUUUAUAAAAUAAUUUUUUUAAUACAAUUACAUAACCUUAUCAUUUAUAUAUUUCGUGUAAAACUGUUGCUAUUAGUUUAAAGAUAUAACCUUAAAGUAAUUUCUACAGGUGACACUGCUCUCAUUAUAAUAAACUGAAUUCAUAACGUUAAGGUAAAGGUAGUAAUAUAGUUCAAUUAGAUUAACAUUUGAUAAAAUAAAAUAUUUCUGUUUAAAUAUAGUAUGUGUUCUACAAAUGAUUUUGCUAUUAAGUUAAACAAGCCCCGAAAGACCGAAUGUACUUUUGUAGACUAUACAGUAAUCUAGGGUGUAUAAAAAAGAGCAAGACUUUACUUUAGAAAUCAAGCUAUGCAUUCAAAUUCCAACAUUAGCUUAAUUUCUAAAGGUCUCGUUUUUUUACACACCCUAUACCAGUACUAUGUUAUAUUUUUAUCCGAGUUUAUGUUAAUUUGUGCACUGUCAUGGUAAUUGAACUCAUUCUAUUUCCGUAUUAUGAAGUAGUUGUCCAAUAGGGAUAGAUCAGAUCAUCAGACCAUCAUAUCUUGAUGUUCGGUAAUAGUAAAAGUCAUGCACGAAAAUAUUUUUUUAUAAUUUCAUAAAAUUAAGAUUGGUGUCGUAAAUAAAAAUCCAUAUUUCUCCCUGUAGCCAAAUGUCCCUCGUAGCCUUCAAUCCAUAACCGUCCCUUCAUAAACACUUGAUACAACGUGUUCUCGUUCGUCCACGCUCGCACCACGAAAUGACAAAUCGAAACCAACCCACUAGGAUCGUGUAGUGUGUGAAAUUGUAGGCUGUUGUGUGGUAACGGCAUUCCGUUUUGUUGCGACAACGAAGGCGACUCUACGAGUAAUGUUGGACAGGAGUGAGGAAAAUCUUCGCCCAAUGUUAUACUUAAAGUAUAAUUUCUGUUGUUGUUACUUGUCAACUGCACUUGCACUUUCGUUCUGCCGUGUACGUUUGACCAUCGUACUCGACCAGGGAAGUAUUUCGCCAGGAUUUCUUUCUCAUGUUGAAGGCGUCGCAACUGGUAGUUCGACCACGACAUUUUGUUCGGCGGUUGUAGUCUAUUUCGUCUCUGUGGACUUGAGUUUUUUUUACUUUUAUUUUGGCACUCGACGGCUCUCGUACGACCGUCCAGUGAUGUUUAAUUAUGCAAAUUUACUUGGGGGUUUACCGAUUU